UUAGAAACUGUGGAUGGUUAUUUCUUAGAAUAUGGUUACUGUCGUUUUCAACUGAAUUCAAAUUGUUCUUGGUUUUGAAUACUUCAAUCAUUAACAGUUGCAGAUUGCGUUCAUGACUGGCUAAAUCGUUUCCUGUACUUUUCGCAAUUCUACAUCACUAUCUUUGCAUACAAAUCGCAUUGCUCUGUCUGCCAAUCAAAUUUUCUUUUGGACUGGUACCCCUGUCCUGAGACAUCCAUACAAGUGGGAAAUACUUGAAAUAUGAUAUUAAAAAGAAUUCAUCAAAAUCAUUAGAUUAACAGGGUCAAUAAGGUUUGAUAUGCGUGGAAGGGCCUGUCUAUAUGAGCAGAUUUAUCUCACUUCUCUGCACAUAAUCUGGCACACCUUCCAGCUUUAUAUGGAGAAAAUCGUCCCAACUUCAAGAUUGUGUGCUGACAAGUGGGACAAAAUUUGAUCGCGAUUAUAUGAACAUUUCAUCUAAUCUUCCAGCUCCAUCCCACCUUCCAGCGUUUAUAUGGAAAAAUUCAUCCCACCUCAGUGAGAUCUCACCUUUCAAGCAGUAGGAUCUCACUUAACCGGGCAGGGUUGUUUUCCAUAUAAACGCAAAACGAAAAACACAAAGGAUUCUAUAGAAGAGUGGGAUCUCACCUACGUACUGGAAAAUGUCGAAGUUUGAGUCCAAAGUUCCCUUCAUGGGGUUGGAAAUAUCAUGUAACAAUUCAAUUCAGUAGGGGAAUCUACCUACUUUAAAACUGUCUUUUGUAUCAAUCGGUUGUUUGCUGAAGCCUCGAAUAUCUAAUCAUAUAAAGAUUGUUCCUGUGCCAGAAUGUCAGUAGAAAGAACUGUACUGCGAAUAAGAAGAGAUUUUAGAGCUGUGAAGGAGAAAUCUCCCUGACCAAUAUUACACUGAUGCCAGUUACGUCAUACGAUGAUGGAUAGUUUGAUAUUGACUUUGCUGCUGAUGACAUUGCUGUACUUCUCCAAUCUUGGCACAAUGGGUUAUCAGUGUCCCAAACGUUGUGAAUGUUCUCCAAUUACUGUCCAGUGUGUUGGGGCUGACCUUAAAACACUACCAUCAGAGAUACCACCAUCCAUUCGCUAUCUUGAUCUUUCUGAAAACCCUUUAAUAAAGUUCCAAAAUAAUUCCCUUGCUAGAUUUACACAGCUAGAAAAGCUCAUCUUACGAGAAUGUUGUUUAGAGGUUCCGUUUUUUCUUCCAAAGAGCCUGCACAUUGUUGACCUGUCAUGGAACCAACUGUCUGCUGCAGCAGUAGAGGAGCUGUUUAAAGACGGCAGAACACCGAAAGUCGUGACAAUAUCUAUGCAAAACAACAAAAUUGUUCUAGAUGGAAAUUUUUCAAUUUUUCCCAAAACCGUCGUAACACUGAACGUUAAUGGAAAUUUACUGCAGAGAAUAUGUAAUAAUGAUUUGGACAACUUAAAGAAACUCCGGUCACUUGACCUAUCAUCGACCGGAUUACGCAGCAUUGAUAAAGGAGCGCUUGAUCAGCUCAAAGAUCUCCGGAUACUUGACUUGAGUUACAACAGCUUGUCUUCCCUACCAGAUAGACUGUUUCAAUACAACAGCCUCUUGAACGAACUUUGCUUACAGAGAAAUCAGAUUGAAACAAUGCCAGACCUAACCGGCAUUCGCCAUCUUGUCUACCUAAAGAUGCAAGGAAAUCGUCUGAAAGAAGCUGUUAAGUUUAAUGUAAGAUCAAUUGUUUAUCUUAAUUUGUCAAGCAACUUUAUUGAAACUUUCGACGUUUCACGAAUUAGAUUCCUCAAAUUAUAUCUGUCACACAAUCGAGUUCAAAAGAUUGACAAACAUUGUUUUCCAAAGUUAAAUACCGUUUCCCAAAUACAUUUGCAAAGAAAUAACAUAACAACAAUCCCAGUAGAUACUUUCGAACAUUUUGAAUACAUUGGGGAGUUGUUUCUGCAAAGAAAUGGACUCAUGAAACUCCCAAAAGGCGUUUUUAGGGGUUUAUCUAUAAGAAAAUUGUUCUUGUUUGCCAACAAUAUGAGAACCGUGGAUGAAAUCUUUCAGGAUAUGAAAAGACAACCAAAUCUACUUUUAUUGUUUGGGAACGAGUUGGAGUCUAUAAGAAGCUCAGAUUUCAGGAAGAUGCCGAAUAACUCUGAGAUUUAUAUAUCGUGUAUCAAUCUCAAGGAGAUCCCAAGCCAUUUUGAUGGCAAUCCAAAAGUAAUUUGUAGCCCAUCUAGCAGACUGGUAAUAAAAACACAAUUAUUAUUUCUAGAGGGUUUUGCAUGUGUUGCAGACGAAGCUUAUAAAGACUAUAGCAUCUGUAAGCCAUGUCCAGUUGGUUAUUAUGGUCUAAGUGGUUGUUUAGCUUGCCCAGCUGGGGCCUUCUAUCAGGACGAAAUGGCAGCCAUUGCAUGCAAGUCUUGUCCGCCAGGCCAGUUUGUGCCACUAGAUAAAGCACCAGGCAAAAGCCCAUUGCAAUGCCUCACAUGCCCUGCCGGGACAAACACAAACAGUUCUGCAGGUUUUCGUGCGUGUAAAUGCUUACCUGGUUUUGCAAGAAGUCAUCGCUUUAACGGAUGCACAAAAUGUACCCAAGAAGGGUUUUCCUGUCAAAAUGACUACAAGGAAUUAAGUGAAGGCUAUUGGAUGUCGUGGCAAACAAUGCGAUCUGCAUCAAAUACAUCUUGCAAGAGUUUGUACAAGGCUUUUAUGCAGAAUCUGGAUACAGAGAACGAUACCUAUAACCGGGCAACGAUCAACUAUGGCUGUCACAUGCCCACGGCACACAAAUGUCCGCUGAAAGGCUCCUGUUUUGGUGGCAUAGAGGCUCGCUGUAAACGAGGCUACACUGGAAUAUUGUGUGCGGUUUGUCAGGAGGGAUACAUGAAAAACUUUGGCGAAUGCGCGAAAUGUCCCUCUUCAGUCAUUGGAGUGAUACAGUGUGUAGCAUUCUUUUUGGCAUUUGUUUUUAUUUGCUGGGUAAUGUCCAAAGUUGAUAAACUGAAGCUCGCGGGAAACGAUAGCAAAACAUUUGCUGAUUUGAUUCUGUCAACAUUGAAAAUCAUCGUUGGUUUUUAUCAGGUGUCAGUUGGAAUCAUACAUACUCUUCCAAACAUUCGCUGGCCCGGAAAUUUUACAAAAGCUGUAAGAGUUUUUGAAUUUUUUCAGUUUUCAAUCUUGCAUGUACCUGCUUUGCACUGCAUUAAGCGAGAAUGGCGAAUGGAUGCCCUCAAGGAAUUCUGGUUUGCCGUCAGUGCCACCGCAACUGUUCCUUUUAUAAUUUGUAUUUACAUGGCCAUCAAAUUGCUUUUCUCUCAAUGUUGUGACAGGAAUACAGAUAUAUUCAAAACGAAGCUUAGAAAGAACAUUAAGCAGUGCCUAGAGGCCAUAUUUCUGUUCCUUUUUGCGACUUACCCAUUGACAUCGAGCAAGAUAUUCCAAAUCCAGCCAGUUAGCUGCCAUAGACUCUGUACAUCGGAAAAAGACGGGCAGUGCUUGCACAGAAUUUCGUUCUUGCGAUCGGACUAUCGUGUUCCCUGUACAUCAGGCACGAGUGAUGACGUCACUGUAACUAAUGCUGCAUACGCAGCCUUAAUUUUACCCCUUGGCUUUCCUUUGCUGCUGUUCCUUCUUCUCUGGCGUUUAGCGCCAAAGAAGAACAACGCUGGUGUUGCACAUCGGCAGCAAACCGGUUGUAUCAACGAUGUUGGCGUGGAGGGAGCGGCGAAGGAGUCUGUUGUAGCUGAGGCGCUUAGACUAUUCUACGGAAACUACAAGCCGGAGAGCUGGUACUGGGAGGUGACUGAAAUGAUCCGAAAACUGAUCAUUAGCAUUGCAAGUGCUUUGAUGCUGCACAAUAUAAAGAUAGGUCUAUUUGGGCUUAUUAUCUUUAGCAUUUUGUUUGCUGUUGCUCAUGCUCGAAUAUGGCCAAUGAAAGACAAGUUUGACAACUUGAUGCAGUUACUGGCACUAGUGAUUGUAUCAGUGAAUCUGUGCUAUGGUGUAACACAAAACAGUGCGAUAGGUGAUGACGACAUUCUCGAGCAAAGCAAAGACAAGUGGGGACUUGGCAUCAUGCUAGUCUCCCUCAACUCUCUGCUGUUCGUCCUGUUGUUUGGUAGAUUGUUGAAGGAGAUUGUAAGGAAAAUUGUCAAUAAUAAAGAAUAUAGAACUUCGUGUUGCCAGCGUUCUCUUUGUCACUGCAGUUACCAAGACCUUUCUGAAAACCUCAAGAUAUUUGACGAAGAGACUUAGUGCCUUAGAUGAAGGCUUUUUCCUUUGGCGUGUAUCAGGAUACUUUUCAACGAACUUACUGCUCAACAAUUGAUUCUGCAAGGAAAGCGUUUUUAACUGGAAGAUAGAUAUAUAAUUAGAUAUCCUAUUACCUCUCCUAAAUGGUCUCUGGGACAAUGACACCUGUGAAGAUUCAAUUGGUAAGAUUGCAUGAUAAUCAUGUAUGAUAAUUUGGUAUGAUAAUCCGGUAUGAUAAUUUGGUAUGGUGACCCGGUAUGAUAAUCCGGUAUUAUAAUCCGGUAUGAUAAUUUGGUAUGGUGACCCGGUAUGAUAAUCCGGUAUUAUAAUUUGGUAUGUUAAUUUCGUAUGAUAGUCCGGUAUGAUAAUUUGGUAUGAUAAUCCGGUAUGAUAAUUCGGUAUUAUAAUCCGGUAUGAUAAUUUGGUAUGGUGACC